GCAAUCAGCCUGGCUUUGUCCCUGCAGCUGCUCCAACAAGAAAAUCAGCAAGAAGAGUUUGUUUUUAGGAGACCACAACAGACCAUUUUGGCCAAAUAUCUCAUUUGGUUUUGUAUUUGCCAAAGUGAGAAAGCAAAGUGAGGAAAAUGGCAGAGUUGAAGUACAUGCCAGGAUUUGGUAAUGAAUGUGUCUCUGAAGAUCCACGCUGUCCUGGAGCCUUACCAGAAGGACAGAAUAACCCUCAGGUCUGCCCAUAUGGUCUGUAUGCAGAACAGCUCUCGGGCUCUGCCUUCACCUGCCCCAGGUCCACCAAUAAGAGAAGCUGGCUGUAUAGAAUUCUACCCUCUGUCUGUCACAAGCCCUUUAAACCCAUGGCGCAAGGCCACCUGACACACAACUGGGAUGAAGCGGAGGCUGAACCCAACCAGCUAAGAUGGAAGCCUUUUGAGAUCCCAAGAGCCUCUGAAAAAAAACUGGACUUUGUGAGCGGUUUGCACACAUUGUGUGGAGCUGGGGAGCCCAAGUCACGCAAUGGGAUUGCCAUCCACAUCUUCACCUGUAACACCUCCAUGAUUAAUAGGUGCUUUUACAAUUCAGAUGGAGACUUCCUGAUUGUGCCACAGCAAGGGAAGCUGCUCAUCACCACCGAGUUUGGCAAAUUGCUGGUGGAGUCCAAUGAGAUCUGUGUCAUUCAGCAAGGGAUGCGUUUCAGUGUGGAGGUGUUUGGAGAAACCAGGGGCUACAUCCUGGAGGUGUAUGGCGCGCAUUUCGAGCUCCCUGACCUGGGACCCAUUGGGGCCAAUGGUCUGGCUAACCCACGAGAUUUCUUAGUGCCAGUUGCCUGGUAUGAAGAUCGCCAAGUAGCAGGUGACUACACAGUGAUCAGCAAGUACCAGGGCAAAUUGUUUUCAGCCCAACAGGAUUUCUCCCCAUUCAAUGUGGUGGCCUGGCAUGGGAACUACACACCAUACAAAUACAAUCUGGAUAACUUUAUGGUCAUCAAUUCUGUUGCGUUUGACCACGUGGACCCGUCUAUUUUCACUGUCUUGACAGCCAAGUCAACCCGACCUGGAGUGGCUCUUGCUGACUUUGUCAUCUUCCCACCCCGAUGGGGGGUAGCAAACAACACCUUCCGGCCACCUUAUUACCACAGGAACUGUAUGAGCGAGUUCAUGGGGCUGAUCAAAGGGCACUAUGAAGCGAAGGAAGAAGGGUUCCAGCCAGGAGGGGCCAGCCUACACAGCAUGAUGACACCCCAUGGGCCAGAUGCUGAGUGUUUUGAGAAGGCAAGCAAAGUCAGGCUAGAGCCCGAGAGAGUUGCAGAAGGGACCAUGGCCUUCAUGUUCGAGUCCUCCUUCAGCAUGGCUGUUACCACGUGGGGCCUCAAGACCUCCAACUGUCUAGAUAAGACCUACUACAAGUGCUGGGAACCGCUGAAAAGCCAUUUUAAUCCCAGCUGCAAGUAAACAGAAGUGAGCUGCUUGUGCGCUCCCAGGCCAGUCACACCGAUGGGAAACAAUCCGUGAUACCUACAAGGGCAAGGGCUGGUAAAGGAACAAACAUCCCACAGUACAGCGAGCGCCAUUGCACUGCAGCCAUUUCAACAGCGACUGAUUAAAUGAAUUAUUCUUGCAAA